GUCACCGUCAUUUCAUGCGUGAAGGGGAGGCGGACCGUGCCUUCAUUUCUCCACGCGCGCCACUCUUAUCUUCUGCCCAGUGUGUGCUGGGAACUCAUAACGGCAGGUUGUUGGCGGUCUGUGAUGAGGAAAAGACGCGUGAUUCAAUUACAAAUAUUACGAGCUCCAUAAGACAUUAUGUAGGAUUGAGCAUAUGUGCCAAACGGCAGCAAGCAGUAUGGUUGGAGACAUCGAGACUUCUGGAAAAUAUCCAGAGAUCUAACAGAGGCUCCUGUGCCAUCUGGUUAGACACUAACAAACUUCAUUCGUUCCUGUUAUACCGGAGUCUUAAUUAUGUUUCUCUUCAGAACUUGGUCAACUGUAAGACUGGUCGCCGUUUUACUGAGUUUGGGGAUUCACCAGAGCAGCUGGAAGGCAGUGGAAACGAUUCAUUCAGCAUGUGAUGUGGUGGCUGAGCAUAUGAAGGCUCGAAAGAAAUGCAUUCAGACUCAAAGAAAAGAGGCCCGCAACAGCAGCAAUAUCACUGGAUGUCGUACCGAGUGGGAUGAUUUUUGGUGCUGGUACAGGGCAGAGGUCGGACAGGUUGUCAACGUCUCCUGUUACGAAGCAUCUCAGUUCUUCAAAGUUAAUCAUGGUUUCAUAAUUAGGAAUUGCACCAACAGUGGCUGGACAAAAAUCUACCCAUCCUAUGAGAAUGCUUGUGAGAUUGCGCAGGACAUGGCAUCAGAAACCGAGACAUCAUAUUAUUCCACUUUCAGGCAGGUGUACACUGCUGGUUACGCUACCUCUCUGAUUUCCCUCAUCUCUGCCAUCUUUGUGUUUACAGCCUUCAGGAAGUUCCACUGCACAAGAAAUUACAUUCACAUCAAUCUCUUUGCCUCCUUCAUCUUGCGAGCCAGUGCCAUCUUCAUCAAAGAUGCAGUUCUCUUUGCUGAUCAGAAUCAGGACCACUGCUUCAUGUCAACAACCUCUUGCAAGGCAGCAGUAGCUUUCUUCCAGUUCAGUAUCCUGGCUAACUACUUCUGGCUGCUGGUGGAGGGGAUGUAUCUACAGACUCUUCUAGCUCUAACUUUUGUCUCACAAAAGAAGUAUUUCUGGUGGUACAUACUUAUUGGCUGGGGUCUACCAACACUAAUACUGAUAAUCUGGGUUCUAGCCAGGAAUUUUUGGGAUAACAGUGGGUGCUGGGAUGACACCGAUGUUGCUUACUUCUGGUGGAUUAUCAAAGGACCAAUCACAGCAUCUCUCCUGAUCAAUUUCUUCAUCUUCAUAAAUGUGAUCCGGAUUCUUGUGCAGAAGCUGAAGUCUCCAGCAAUGGGUGACAGUGAUACCAACCACUUCAUGAGACUGGCCAAGUCCACCCUUUUCCUGAUCCCUCUGUUUGGCAUGCACUACAUGGUUUUUGCCUUCCUGCCAGAGAACACGGGAGAAAACGCUCGCCACUUUCUUGAACUUGGCCUGGGCCCCUUCCAGGGUUUUGUUGUGGCUCUGUUAUACUGUUUUCUCAAUGGAGAGGUACAAGCAGAACUGAAAAAGAGACUGUGGAAGUGGCAGACACAAAAUUAUUUGAGAUACAGUAAGAGAAGACGAACCCUCUUUACUGAGAGCAGCACAGUCACACAAAUCUCAGUUUUGGAGAAGUCCAGCCCAAAGGAGCUGCCCUUAACUGAGUCCCACAACAGUGUGUCAUCCAUUUGAAAUCUUUACAGUUCGUCUCAUACCCCGUUUCUCUUCCCCUCUUUCUCCAUCUUGAAACCUCUUAACUGGUCCUUCAGUCAGAUUCACUGUCCUCUUUAACCCCGAUUGACUCACCUGCCUGUAAUUUGUCAGUAAUCCUGAAGAUCUUGAUUGCCUGGUUUAGUUGCGUUUCUUUAAAGUUGGAGUUAAAGGACACAAAGUCCAGUUUUGAAGAACCCUGCUCUAAAAGAUUAAAUUCAUUGAAAUUUUUCAAGUUCAUGCAAAUUCAUGCAACGUUAUAAAAUGCUUACUAAAACAAUUCAAAGAUAUUCUUUUUUUUCUACACAUUACUGAAACAAGCUUUCAACUUGAUGCUGAUAAGAAAUUACUCUGUAUUUAUUCAUAAUGCAAAAGCACAAAUCAUGUUGUUUAGUUUUAUUUAAAUUACAUGCACUGUCUAAUAAGAGACCAAACUAAAGGGACAGUUCACCCCUUUAUCCCAUAAAAAAAACAUACAGCUUGCCUUCUUUAGCAAACAUGAUCAUAAAACCAAUUUCUCCACAUUUGUCACUCCCUAGUAUGGUCUGCUUGGCUUGAAAGUUGAGAUUGCAUAGAUGUAUAGAUGCUGAACACACAGCUAAUUGCCUUACAGUAAACAUAGACCUCAUUUUAGAUUAUCCACAUACAAUAGAUGACAAUUAAAGGUAUUUUCAUAUUCAUAAAUGCAUAUACAUAAUCUCUUAUUUUGUAAAUUGUAUUUCAAGGCAACAUAUUGCACAGUGCACUGGCCCUGUAUGUAUAAAGAAAUAUAACAUUUCUAUAGGGCAUCCAAAGUAUUUUUCUUAAAUACUGGGUAUUUUCAAAAUAUUUUAUUCGUUAUAAACCGUGUUUAAAUGUUUCAAUUAAAUAAAUCAAUAGGCUUUAUUGAUAAUGUAAAAGUUGUAUUAGAAAAUGCAUGAAAACACAAUCUGUCUUAGUGCAAAGAGUACUUACAAAGUAGAUGCAAAUGAUAAAGAUUAAUCAUAUUCUUAUGAGUAUUUUGAGUAGUUCUGAGUAUUAUAAUGAAUAAUACUGUUUUGAAAAUGGCCUAUUUAAGAAUCCUUUUGCAGUGCACACAUCUGGAGCACUAGACUGUAAAGUUUCUGGUUUGGUAGAAAUAUUAUCUUGUUUUAUUGUUGCUAAAUGUGUUUGUAAAAUAUAUGCUUGCUGUAGCCUAUAUAUGACUAUAUGUACUAUACUUGAUGUACCAUAUUUGCCGAACAUUUGUUAUUUGUUGUUCUAAUUUUAAAUAUAAAUUCAUAAAUUAUAAAUUAAUUCAUAUUAACAACAUCUAUUUUUUAUGAAUCAUAAUUUUAACAUUGAUUUGGAGGCACAGUAUUGAUAUAUUUUAAUAGGUGAAUAGAAUCGCUCAUGUGACUGACUCUGUCUGACUGAACUUCAAAAAUAAGUGGAUAGAAUAUGAAUUUGGGGCUGUGAAUUUGAAAGCAUCCAGUUACAAAAGACUGUACUUUCUGACUUUUUUUUUUAUGUUGUGUUGUGUAUUUUUUUUUUCUCAGCUUGUGGAUAUAUUACUCAUUCAGAUAACUUCUGUUGUCUUGAUUGUGUAAGCGUUGUUGCUACAUUCACCAACCUGCCUUAACGUAUUCAGACGUGUAUUAGCUUUGUUGAAUGUUGAAUGUAUGGAGUAAAUAUUUUAAUGAU